AUGGUUUCAGAAGAAACAAGCGCCGCCAACGUUGCCCCGCGACCGAGGAAACGGGCGCUGCCCUUCAAGCGUACGGUGGAUAGCGCGCCGGUAACCGAAAGCGCCUCCAACGACGAUGAAGAUGCGCUUGGCAUGUUUUCGCACGCCAAGGAGUUAUUUCCAGAGCUAGUUCGUGAUAUGGAGGAGGAGCAUCGCGAGGAGCAAGAGAAAAAGAGAAGGAAGCUUUCCGAGAACAGACAGUCAACAGUUAUUAGCGACUCCGAUAACGACACUAUUGUGGACGUAAAGGGCAAGGGAAAGGAAGUUGUCCGGUCUGGUCGGUCACGAAGUCCGUCCUCUCCUGUGGCCAAGAGGUCGGCUUUCGCAGCACCUACUCCAAAAAGGGCCGCCCCCGAGAAAGCACGUCGCUCCUCCAAAGCUCUUUAUGAUAGCGAUGACAGCGACGGAGAGUAUAAGCCACCAAAAUCAUCCUCUCUGGCUUCCAAACAGAUCAUUGCAGACUCCGAUUCUUCUGAUAUCGAGAUAAUCGAAUCCAAACCUGCCCCAAAGAUGCCCGACCCCGACGAAGACGAGCCCAACGAAGAGCCUCCCGUCGAAGAGGAGGAGAAUGAAUGGAUCCGAAAAGCUCGCCUGCUGCAAGAGAAACAAAAAUCCCAGAGUUUAAAUGCUAUCAUUUGGGUCUUUGUUACAUCGCCCCUCCCCGAAAGCGGUAAACCGGUUGCCAUUAAGCGCCGAGUAACCCAAAACAUGCAAUUAAUCUUAAACGCAUGGGUCGCAAAGAAGCGCAUGGAUGGGCUGCUCAUUCCAGAGGAGGUAGAGAAAUCGCUGAUUCUCCUCUGGAAGGGCAACAAGGUUUACGGCGAGAACACGCUAGCGUCGCUGGGCAUUGAGAUUGAUGAGCUAGGUGAGAUUAAAGAUGCCCACGGCCCGGGAUAUAUCAAUGGCGGAGUUCAUUUAGAGGUGGUAACCGAGGACUUUUACGCGGAGUGGUGCAGAGCGAACAAGGAAGGGCAGUUACGCAGGCCGGGUGAUAAAGCCUUGCAUGGCAAGGUUGAGUCUGAGGCGCUGAUUGCACAAGAGCCAAAAUCGCAGAAGUUCAAAGUGGUUCUCAAGGCCAAGGAGCGCGAGGUAAAGUUCACAGUCGCAGAGGACAAGACAGUUGAGACAAUGAUUCAGGCAUUUCUGGUCAAGACCGGGUUGUCAGCAGACGAGUGGGAUGUGUCGAUAUGGUUGGAUGGUGAGCAAUUGGAGGAAGACACGCAGGUCAAGGACCUGGAUCUCGAUAAAGAAGAUAUCAACCAACUGGAGGUGCAUAUCAAGGAGCGGCGUUAA